AUGGGGAAAGCAAAGACGAAACCCCAGCCUGAGUUGGAAUAUAGAGAAGAGGCGCAGGAUGAUGCAGUGGAGUUGGCUGCCCAGCUUCUAGAGGAAAUGGGCAUUAGUGAGUCCACUCUGGCCGGACAGGAGAUUGCUAAAGAUGUUGUCAAGUCCGAGCUUUCGCCGACGGUCCCUGGUCCACAGCAGCCGCAGCCCCGUCGCAAUAGGCGAAAGGAGAAAAUUACUGCCAGAAACAAAGCUUUGAGUGAGCUUGUGGCCGAAGCGGAAGUCGAGGCAGGUAAUAUGCCCAAUCACCGUAGGCGCGAGCUUGAGGCUAUGGCAGCAAAGAUCGCCGGCGAUGGCUUGGAGGUCUUUGAAAUUGAGGCAGAUGGCCAUUGUCUGUUUGCUUCAAUUGCCGACCAGCUGGAUCAGCGCAUGUCGCUAGUGGUCGACGUCAAAACUCUUAGAAGCAAGGCAGCCGAGCACAUCCGCAAGCACCCGAAAGAGUUUGCCUCGUUCUUGUUGGAUGAAAAAACCGGCGAGCUAAUUGACAUCGAUACUUAUUGUGACACUCUCGAAAACACAGCAAUGUGGGGUGGUGAAAUUGAAAUCCAAGCCCUCUCCGAAGUGUUUUCGACUCCUAUCAAAGUGUACUUUGCCUCGCAGCCGGUCAUGACGGUAAACGAAGAAGCAGCUGGCGAGCCCCUAUUUCUAGCAUACUAUACAAAAAUCUUUGGACUGGGAGCCCAUUACAACUCUCUGCGAGACCAAUCCGAUUUGCCCGAAGCGUUUGUAGACACCUAA